UAUUUUCAAGAAGAAAACAAAAAGUUACCGGAAUUCGGAUGAAUGUAUACUUCCGGUGGCAAUCAACAUGGCGUUCAGUUUUGGCGGCGCCACCGCAAAUACGGCCACAAGCGCCCCGGGGUUUUCUUUUGGGUCAUUUGGUGCAAAGACGACAGCAUCUAAUGCAUUUGGCUUUGGCUCAACAGCCGCCACCACUACGACCACCGCCUCGUCCGGAUUUGGCACUCUCACAGCCCCUGGUUUUGGGACAGCUACCACCACUGCUGCUGCACCAGCAACAGGAUUUAGUUUUGGCUCCACCAAUACUGGAUUUGGGGGGCUGGGAACUGGAAACACCACAGCUGGUGGGUUUAGUUUUGGAGGGUUUGGUUUAAAUGCCAACCCAGCAGCUGUCAGCUUUAAUGUGGGGUGCUUUGGUACAGCAACCACCACUGGCACUGUAUUCAAUUUUGGUAAUAGCCUUGCUAGCACAGGCACUUUCGGUGGCUUUGGAGCAACGACAACUGCUGCUGCCGUACCACAAGGGUCUACAUUUAGUUUCACCAAUCCCUCAAACACCACCGGAGGCCUUUUUAGUAACACACAGAACAAAGGCUUUGGAUUCUCCACUGGUCUCGGUACCGGCACCGGUGCUGCAGCCACUGGAUUUGGCGCUACAUUAGGAUCAACAGGUCUAGGUGGUUUUGGAGGCUUUAACAUCCAGUCAACUCAGCCACAACAAGGAAGCUUGUUUGGCCCACAGGCCCAUCAGCAGGGUCAGAACCAGCCCACGCAGCUUUUCCAGCAGGUCACCGCUCUCUCGGCUCUCACCUUGUUAGGAGACGAACGUGACUCCAUCUUGGCCAAGUGGAACCAGCUGCAGGCUUACUGGGGCACAGGCAAAGGCUUCUUCAGCAACAACAACCCCCCUGUAGAAUUUAACCAGGAGAACCCAUUCUGCCGGUUCAAGGCCGUGGGCUAUAGCUGUGUUCCACUCAGUAAAGACGAGGAUGGGUUAGUCAUUUUGAUUCUGGGCAAAAGGGAAGCGGACGUGCGGGCCCAGCAGCAGCAGCUGGUGGAGUCUCUACAUAAGGUCCUGGGAAACCACCAAACACUCGCUGUCAAUGUAGAUGAUGUCAAAGCUCUACCAAGUGACCAGACGGAGGUGAUCGUUUAUGUGGUGGAGCGUUCCCUCAAUGGCACCUCCAAGCGAAUCCCUGCCACCACGCUCUUCAACUUCCUGGAGCAGGCCAACAUCAAGGUGCAGCUCUCACAGAUCGGAGUGGCCAGGUCUGUUCCCCGCACAGAGCUGUCUCCAGCUCAGCUCAAACAGCUGCAGCAGAACGCCCCCACAGGUGUGGACCCCAUAAUUUGGGAGCAAGCCAAGGUUGACAACCCUGACCCUGAGAAGUUGAUACCAGUUCCUAUGGUGGGCUUCAGGGAGCUUCUGUGCCGGCUGCAGAUCCAGGAGCAGAUGACCAAACAACAUCAGACCAGAGUGGAUAUAAUUGCCAAUGACAUUAGUGAACUGCAAAAGAAUCAGGCGACCACGGUGGCAAAGAUCGCCCAGUACAAGAGGAAACUGAUGGAUCUCUCCCACAGAGUUCUACAGGUGCUGAUUAAACAGGAGAUUCAGAGGAAAUGUGGUUACGCUAUCCAAGUGGACGAAGAGCAUCUGAGAGUGCAGCUGGACACCAUUCAGUCUGAACUCAACGCCCCCACGCAGUUCAAGGGCCGUUUGAAUGAAUUAAUGUCUCAAAUCCGGAUGCAGAACCACUUUGGAGCCGUGAGGUCGGAGGAACGCUACAGUGUCGACGCAGACCUGCUGCGAGAAAUCAAACAACACCUGAAGCAGCAGCAGGACGGUUUAAGCCAUCUGAUCAGUGUCAUCAAAGACGACUUGGAGGACAUCAAACUCAUAGAGCAUGGCCUGAGCGAGGGCGGUCACAUGAGAGGAGGAAUCCUGAGCUGAGAAAUGUGCUUCAUCACACACACACACACACACGCACACUAACACACAUCUCUAGGCCGACUCUUACCGUCUGAAGAGCAGAGAUGCGUUUGAGCCUGAAUCGACGAAUCUCAGAUUCUCAAUUCUUUUGCGUUUGGGACUUAAGUCGUCCGUAUAUGAACUUUCUUUGCCUGACAGUUGGAGAAUUAUGGUUUUGGCAGAUGAAUGGAAUGGAAGACUGGACAGUGUCAUAUAUCAGCUGACUUCCUUCCUAUACUUUACACCAUGUGAUGGUGCGUGUGUCGUGCUGCAGUACUUUGUAAAUACAUCUUUAUAGUUUGCCUUUUUUUUAACCCACUAGUAAUAAUUAAAAUUGAUUUCCAAUGAA